CUAAACACGUGGUACAACCAGGGUACAACAGACACGCUUCCUCCAUUUACCUGAUCCAGACUUUAUAAAACACCAGCUGGCACACAGAAAGUUACAGUUGUGCGCUUUCAGUUGAUCACAGUCCGUCUAAACAUGUCUUUCUGUUCGUUCUCUGGAGGGGAGAUUUAUAAAGAUCAUUUUGAGAGCGGCAUGUAUGUGUGUGCUCAGUGUGGAUACGAGCUCUUCUCCAGCAGAUCCAAAUAUGAGCACUCGUCCCCCUGGCCAGCCUUCACUGAAACCAUCCAUGAAGACAGCGUGUCUAAACAGGAGGAAAGAUGGGGCGCCUACAAGGUCAGAUGUGGAAAGUGUGGAAAUGGUCUUGGCCAUGAGUUUGUGAAUGACGGACCCAAACACGGCCUCUCACGCUUCUGAAUAUUUAGCAGCUCUCUGAAGUUCAUUCCUAAAGUGAAGAAUGAGCAACAGUAGAGCCCUGUGGAUGUGAGAGAGAGUGGAUGGAGGAGCUCAGAUGUGUCUACCAUGUGGAUGGCGAAUGAAACGUUCUGAAGAAAAGCCCAGCGAGGAACAUUCAGAGCGAGGAUGUGUAAAACAGCCUCAUGAGGCACAUUUAGAUGCUCACUCGCAAUUACUGCUACUGACAAUCACCACGCACAACCAUACAUGAUCAAUUCUUUUAGGAAUAAGCAUAAGAUACACUACAGGUCAAAAGUUUGGGGUCAGAAUAUUUUGUUACAACUUUAAAAUGUUAGAUAUUUUCAUUCUAAUCAGAUAUGCUUUAAAAUGUAAUCCGUUCUUGUUUUCAGAAUAUUAGUUCAAGUUUUUUUUUUGGAUUAACGAACAAUGUUAUUAACAUUUAAAAUGUGUUCUUCCUAUUUAAACAUUUUAAAGUGUCAUUUUUUCCCUGUGAUUUAAAGCAUUUCCCUUUACAUUAAGGUUUCAUUAGUAAAUGCUAGUUAAUGUAGUAAAUAUAAGUCUUGUACAUCAUUUGUUAAUCAAAUUUUUCAACAUUUACUAAUGCAUUAUUAGCAUCCAUAUCCAAUGCUUGUUAACAUUUGCUAAUUCACUGUGAGUUAACAUGAACUUACAAUGAACGACUGCAUUUACAUGACCUAAUGUCACUAACAUGAACAAAUACUUUGAUAAACUUGAUGUGCAGUGUUUGUUCAUGUUCGUAUAAAUGCAUUAAUUAACAUUAACUAAUACAACCUUAUUGUAAAGUGUUACCCAAAUUUCUUGUGACACAACCCUUUACAAAUCAUCCUGAUGCUCAAGAAACAUUUGUUAUUAUGAUUAAACAGUUUUUUGUGGACUGACUCCAAACUUUUCAAGGCAUCGCACCUUUUAUCUUAGUUUUUAUGGAUUAUUAGUUACUUUUUACAUGUUUUUGGUUAAUGUACAAAUCCCAAUGCUGACUUGAUCAUUUAUGCUGCUCCAGUUGGACAUAGAGAGAUAAUCUUUUGGAGUUUUUUUGCACAUUAACCACAUUAAAUAAUUUAUGAAUUUUCAAAGCCAUUUUGGUGUUUGUAAGGGAAAAUUAUAUUUACAAAAAGCUAUUGUAUGUUAUAAAAGAUGGGUCAAAUAAUGUUCGGUGUAACCUAUAUUCAUACAAUAAUUAAAAAAAGAAGAUUAUUAUAUAUUUAAGUGAUCAUAAUAAAUUAUAUUAUAUUUUAAAUAACCAAAUACUUCCUGAUUGACAAAAGAUGGUAUCUCAGAUAUUUAAAAUGACAGUAAUCAGUACUUGUGCUACACAGUGAUACUGUACUUAAAUGUGACCCUGAAACACAAAACCUUAUGUUGCUCAGGUAUAUUUUUGACUAUAGCAAAAUACAUAUUGCAUGGGGCAUAAUUAUAGAUUUUUUAUGCCCAAAAAUCUGAAGAUUAUUAGGUAAAGAUCAUAAUCCAUGAAGAUAAUUUGUAAAUUGCCCUCUGUAAAUAUAUCAAAACAUAAUUUUGAUUUGUAAUGUGCAUUACUAAACACUUAAUUUUGGGCAACUAUAAAGAUGAUUUUCUAAAUAUUUAGAUUUUUCUAGAUUCUAGAUAUUAGAAAAUAAUGUCUUAUCCUAACAAACCAUACAUCAAUUGAAGGCUUAUUUAUUAAGCCUUUAGUAAGUAAGUAAUGUGUAUUUAUAUAGCGCAUUUAUUGUGUAUGGCCAUACACCCAAAGCGCUUCACAAUCAUGAGGGGCGUCUCUCCACACCAGCACCAGUGUGCAGCGUCCACUUGGAUGAUGCGACGGCAGCCACAGGACAAUGGCGCGAGUGCACUCACCACACACCAGCUUCUGGGGAAGUGAAGAGAAAGUAAUAGAACCAAUUCGGUGGAUGGGGGUAAUCGGGAGGCCAUGAUUGUAAUGGCCAAUGGAGAGAAUUUAGUCAGGACACCAGGGUUACACCCCUACUCUUUACGAGAAGUGCCAUAGGAUUUUUAAUGGCCACAGAGAGUCAGGACCUCAGUUUAACAUCUUAUUCGAAAGACAGCGCCCACUGACAGUGUAGUGUCCCCUUCACUUUUACUGGGGCAUUACAGACCACAGGUUGAGCGUCUCCUGCUGGCCUCACUAAAACCACUUCUAACUGCAACCUGGUUUUCCUAUGUGGUUCCCUGGUUUUCCCACUCUGACCAGGCUCACCCCUGCUUAGCUUCAGUGAGUAACCGGUCUUGAUAUGGCUGUGGCAAGAUGAUUUAUCAAUCGCCAUUUCAAAACCAUUACACUUACGACUGGUAUUGUGGCUCAGGGUCACGUAGUCUUUUAAAAACGUGCUGGAUAAAUUGGCGGUUCAUUCCACUGUGGUGACCCUGGAUUAUUAAAGGAACUAAGAUGAAAGGAAAAUGAAUGAAUUGAUGUCUUCUGUAAAUCAUGACAAAAAAAACUUUGACAGUCAUUAUUGUUUGCUCAUUUUUUUUAAUUAAUCAGGACACUUCAAUGUUUAAAAUACAAACUAUCACACAAUGCAAAAGAAUCUUUUUUGGACACUAUUUCUGCAGUUUCCGACUGUAUAUUAGUGUAUGUGUCCUUCAAUCACUGACUAAACAUUGUUUGCACAUUAAAAUGCUGGUUGUUUCUGUUGUUACACAUUGAUGGAGACCCAGAAGAUGCUCACAGUCUAAAAUCUCUUCUUUAAAUCGGAUCAGUAAAUCAAUAAUUGGUGUGACUAAAUAUGUAACGAGUUUGUUGACACUUUGAACGUAAAAACAAAUCCACACUGCUUUGAUGGUAAAAGCAAACAGGACAGCAAGAAACAAACAAACAUAUCUGUAAUAUUCGUUUGCUUUACAUUAAACUGCUUAAUCAUUCA